CAAUGUACUAUCUCACUCAUUACUUUAAGGUCUGAUUAUUCAAGACACUUGUGCUGUUGAGUUUCCAAGAGAGCCACACUUAUAUCUAAAAUGCCUGUUGACUUCAGUGGAACAUGGGACAUUGUCAGCAAUGUCAAUUUUGAGGGAUACAUGAUUUCACUUGGCAUUGAUUUUGCAACGCGCAAGAUUGCCUCACUGUUGAAGCCACAGAAGGUAAUUGAGCAAGAGGGUGACUGUUUCACAAUAAAGACAUUCACUACUUUCAGAAACUAUGAUUUGUCAUUCAAAAUUGGAGAAGAGUUCAUUGAAGUGACGAAAGGAUUGGACAACAGGUCAUGCCAGACUGUAGUGAACUGGGAAAAUGAUAAGCUGGUGUGUGUUCAGAGAGGAGAGAAGAAGAACCGAGGGUGGUCUCACUGGAUCCAGGGAGAUGAGCUUCAUCUGGAACUUACCUGUGAGGAUCAAGUCUGCAAGCAAGUUUAUAAAAGGUCUCUGUGAUCUUUAUCCUAGAGCUCAAGAAAAUGUAGUUUGCUUGUAUACAUAAAUAAAGAGCGUUUGAUUUGAA